AUGGAGCCCGUAUCCCACUCUCCAUACCGCUAUGCAUUCAAUUCCGCUCUCAUCGGUAUCGAAGCACCAAUCCUCGCAGAUCACACAUUGCUCUGCGUAGAGAACUGGAGCAACGCAGGAAGCACCAGCCGGCGGGUAGAUGACGUGGUCGAGACCACCCAAGAAGAAGAGGAUAUCGGCAACAACCUCUCAUUCAACGAUCUAUGUCUCUGGGUUGGAGUUCGACCAGCCAGGGCCGAUGUGCUGCGCCAACAAGCUUCCAAGCCUGUUGGUGACGACACCGAGACGCAGACGGCUCUCGACAACCUCAAAGCCAUCAAGAUCAAGAAAGGCUCAUCAGUUGGCUCAGUUCUCAAGCUUGACAACAUUCCAGUCUGGCCGCUGAAGGAUGGCAUGACACGAGUAGUGGUCCGGUAUAACCUCAAGCGCGCCGACCGUCUGCAGUAUUACGAACUGAUCAACCGCCAUCCAGUGACCAAGGUAAGUUCACCCCCCUCAAUACAGACUGUAAUAGACGGUGCAAUCGAUCCAAUCGCUCACUCCCACCAGCUAUCUUACCCAGUUCCCAUCAAAGCCCAGGACGUUUUCUUCUUUCGCCUUUAUCGAGACGAUGACAUAUCCGCAUCGACCGGUCGUCAGAAGGGCUGGACUCAGAACAUCAAGACAUAUCUCACCGAUUAUUUCGACGAGCGUCUCAAUGAAGGGGGCAUGCGGCCAAACAGAAAAAGGCAGGAGCUCACUGGAAAGGAGUCCCCGCCCAGGAAGAAGAUGCGCUUUGGCGCUUUUGACUCUCAUUGA